AAUCGCCCAUAUUAUUGCAUAUUGUACAAUUGACUCCAAAAAAAAAAAAAAAAGCUAGAAAAAAUCAGAGAGAGAGUUUGUUGAAUUUAUAUCUGGAAAAUAUAUAAUAACAAUAGAGUCAAUUAUAAGUUCAAUGAUUUAUGAAUAAAAUAACAAUAAGUUACAAAUGUAUUCAUCUUCGAUGAAAAUUCAGUUAAAGAAUCAUCAAAGUAAAAAUUUUUUAAUGGUAAAUCGGUGUCUUACUGAAUUAGUCAUUCAACCGACCUAUAAUUGUAUCCUCAUGGUGACUUGUUUAAAUAAUUUUUAAUGUCACUUAACCAAGCAUGGGCAUCAAUAUGGAUUUUAAAAAAAGACUUGAAUAUAAAUUUAUAAAUCUUGAUGGCCUUGACGAGAAUGCCCAGCAAGAAUUAAAAGAUAUUUUAAAAUCUGAUAUACCACCAGAAAUUGUAAAAUUACCAUGGACAAAUGAUGACAACAAUUGCAUCAUAAAUAACACAGCAACUACAACAACACCAACAACAACAACAACAACAGCAACAACAACAACAACAACAACUGAAAUACCAGAUGCAUCAAAUGAAUGGCAACAAUAUGAUGAUAAUGUUCCAAUAUAUGAUAUGCAAGAUAUGGGAGCAUUAACUGCUGGUACUGUAUCUUAUCCAGCUCAAUAUAUGCAAGUACAAUAUCCAGAAUGGCAAUAUACAAGUGCUGGUGGUGAUGCGAAUGUAUCAUAUCCUUCAUAUGUAUCUUAUGCUGCUCCAGUAUAUCAACCACAAACAAAUGGUAUGAUAUCAGCAUCAUCAACAAAUACAACUGAUCGUCGUCGUGGUAUUAAUCGUUCACAUAAAAGUGAUUAUAAUCCACGUAUUAUUAAUGAUAAUAUAUCACAAAAUUAUAUGAUACAACCAAAUCAUUAUAAUACAUUUUGUCAGCCAACAGCUGCCAUGCAAUAUAUUAGAUAUAUACAGCCAACUGGUACAGCUGUUUGUUUAACAACAAAUCAACAUCAACAACAAGUUCAUCACACUAAUAAUCAUCAACAUUAUCCAUAUCAAAAUCAUCAAACAUUACAUCAAUCUUCUGGUAAUACAAAACAUCAUCAAAGGUCUUCAAAUCAAUAUUAUUUUAAUCCUGAUAUUCCAAAAAAUUUUCAAAAUAAAACAGAUAAAAAAUAUGACGUUAAUCAAUCAUUACGUCAAUUAUCAACCAAUAAUAAUACAAAUGAUUUAUCAAAGAAAAAUGUUGUUUUAAAAAGUGACAAUACAAAUGGUGAUGUAGCUAAAAAAAUUCCAGUUGUUGAAAAAAAACUGCCAAUUGUAAAUAAUGAUAAUGUUGAUGAUGAAAUUAAAAAAGCAAAAAAAAUACCAGUCGUUAGAUUUGCUGAUGAAGUUAUAGAUAAAAAAAAUAAACCAGCAAUAAUUAAAGAAGAAAUUAUAAAUAUAACUCCAAUUGUUGAAAAAAAUAAUAUUAAAACUGCAAAAAAAGUUGGAGAUGUUAAAGUUAAUGGAGAUGUUAAAGGAGAUGUUAAAGUUAAAAAUAUUGAAUCAACAGAAAAAAUUCAAUCAAGUGUUACAACACCACAACCAUCAACACCAACACCACCAACACCAAUUGUUGUUAAUGAUAAAAAACCUGUAGCACCUGUAGAAGUUGUGCCAUCUGUAAUCCCAGUAACAACAUCAACACCAAGUCAAUCAACUGUUGAUACAAUUAAAACUUCAAUUCCUGUAAUAAAAGUAACAACUCCUCCAGUUAUAGUUCCAGCACCAAUAUCAUCUUUUGCUAGUGCAUUAAAAAAAAAAGGACCUGAUUCAUCAGCAGAUAAUGAUAAACAAAGCUCACGUUAUGUACCAAUUAAAACAACUGAAAUUAUUGAAAAUUCUGUACAACAAAAAACAGAAUCAUCAUCAAAACGACAAAAUAAAAUUACAACUCAAGACACAUCUGCCUCAUCAGUAAAACAAGCUUUAAAAACUCCAGUUAAUGGAGAAAGCAAAAAAACAAUGAAAAAUGAUUUGUACAAUAAUUCUUUAGAUGAUCCAAAUGUUUAUAGAAUGGGUGAAUUUUUAUUGAAUUAUGAAAUUGAUAAACAAACAGUAAGUUUAAUUCCACGUGGUUUAACAAAUCGUAGUAAUUAUUGUUAUAUUAAUAGUAUACUACAAGCAUUACUUGCUUGUCCACCAUUUUAUAAUCUUUUUAAAUCAUUAUCAUCACAAAAAACACCAUUAAAAAAUUCACCAACACCACUUAUUGAUAAUAUGAUAAAAUUUAUAAAUGAAUUUACACAAUUAUCAUCAAGUUCAAGAUUAUCAAGACUAGAAAAAAGAAGUCAAAAAAAAACAAAAGAUACUGCAAGUGAUAUACAAUGUGGUACAGCAUUUGAGCCUUCUUAUGUAUAUACUAUGUUAAAAAAUACAUCAUGUUCAAGUGUAUUUUCAAUUGAAGGAAGACAAGAAGAUGCUGAAGAAUUUUUAUCUUGUUUAUUAAAUGGUAUUAGUGAUGAAAUGCUUGAAUUAAUGAAACAAGUUAGUAAUGAUCAAACAAAUGAUGAUAAUAUUAAAUUAUCAAAUGAUUUAAAUUGUAGUGGUAGUGGUGAUGAAGAAUGGACAAUGAUUGGACCAAAAAAUAAAGGUUCAAUAACACGUUGUACAGAAAUUGGACGUACACCAUUAUCUGAUAUAUUUCGUGGUCAAUUAAGAUCAAGAAUAUCAAGACAAGGUGAUCAAUAUUCUGAUAAUGUACAGCCAUUUUUUACACUACAACUUGAUAUUGAAAAAGCUGAAUCAGUUGAGGGUGCACUUGAAUUAUUAGUUGGACGUGAUCAAGUUGAAGGAAUGAUUUGUAGUAAAACAAAACAACAAAUACAAGCAUGGAAACAAGUUACACUUGAAGAACUUCCUGUUAUAUUAAUAUUACAUCUUAAAUGGUUUAAUUAUCAACUUGAAGGAUGCUCAAAAAUAUUUAAAAAUGUAUCAUAUGCAAUUGAUUUAAAAAUUGAUAGUAAAAUAUUGACAUCAAGUGUGGCUAAAAAAUUAACUGUCAAAGAAAAACAGUAUAAAUUAUUUGCAGUGACUUAUCAUGAUGGCAAAGAAGCAACAAAAGGACACUAUGUUACUGAUGCAUUUCAUGUGAGUUAUGGAGCAUGGGUACGUUAUGAUGAUAGCUCAGUCAAGGGAGUAUCACAAAAUGAUGUUCUCAAUCCAUCAACACCUCGUGUUCCAUAUUUACUGUACUAUCGAAGGAGUGAUACUAUUGGUAAUAAUCAAACAACUAACAUGAGAACACGUUGAAUUAUCUAACAAUAAAGGCGAGUGUAAAAAAAAAAAUAAAAAUAUUAAAAAAAAAAAAUAAACAAAUACGUAAGUACUCCUGUUAAUUUGUUUUUAUAUAAAAAAAAAAAAAAUUUAAAAAAAAAAAAAAACUAAAAAACUAAAGAAACUGUAAAAAAAAACAAAAAAAAAAAUUUUAUUGAAAAAAAAAAACGAAAAAAAAAUACAAACAAUUAACUAGUUUACGGUUUUAAAAAAAAAUAAUUGUAAAUUUUGAUCAUAAUUUUUAAAAAUUAAGUCGAGCUAAAAAAAAAAGACUAAAAAUAAAAAAUAAUUAUGUAAACUAAUGAUAAAAAAGAAAAAAGAACAAUCAUAUUAUCAUUUUGUUCUGUAAAAUUAAGUAAUGAUAUUUUUGUUGAUUGAGCGUGUAAUAUUCAAUUGUUACAAAUGUGCCUCAUUUUUAUUAUUAGUAUAUUGAUAAUAAAGAAAACAAAAAAAAAAAAAAAAGUAACAACAAAAUAUUAAUCAUUGACAAAAAAUUUACUGAUUUUUAAAUAUGUAGUUUUUUUUUUUGUUUUAUCAAACUCAAGUUAAUUUUUUGAGUUUAUUAUUUUAAAAAUGAAAAUUAUUGCUAAAUUAAAUAGUUAUGUUUAAAUAAAUUUAUUACAACAA